AUGCAGACCAAGCACUUCUUUUCCGACCCGACCCAUCUGGUCUUGACCGCGCUCAACUCCAUCACCGUCACCAACCCAUCCCUUGCAUUGGAUGUACAGAAUAAGAUCGUAUUCCGUCGCCCAGAUGCGCCCCGCAAGUCGAAGAAGGUCUCCAUCGUAACUGGUGGUGGCUCUGGCCAUGAGCCUGCUUUUGCGGGCUUUGUCGGUCACGGUCUCUGUGAUGCCGCUGUUGCCGGUACUGUUUUUGCUUCGCCUUCUGCGGAGCAGAUCCGUAGAGCUGCUAUGGAUCGUGUCCCCACUGAUAGUGGUGUUUUGAUUAUUCCAAACAAUUAUACUGGUGAUGUGCUCAACUUUGGUAUGGCGACGGAGAAGUCCCGGGCUGCGGGUAUUCGGACGGAAUUCUUCGCUAUGGCUGAUGAUGUUGGUGUUGGUCGUAAGAAGAGUGGUAAGGUCGGUCGCCGUGGUAUUGGCGGUGCUGCUCUGAUCUUGAAGCUUGUCGGAGCUUUGGCUGAAGCUGGCGGUAAUCUGGAUGAGGUCUACGGUCUUGCUCAGCAUGUUAACAAUAACUUGGUUUCCAUUGGUACUUCCUUGGAACAUGUUCAUAUCCCUGGUCGUCGAGUUCCGGAAGGUCUGGACACUAUUGCCCCUGGCGAUGCUGAGGUUGGUAUGGGUAUUCACAAUGAGCCUGGUUCUCACCGCGCCAAGGCAGACCUCGUUGAGCUCGUUAAGACUAUGCUUCGCUCCCUGCUGGAUCCUAAUGACUCGGACCGUGCAUACGUUACUUACACCCCCAAGGACGAGUUUGUCCUCUUGAUCAACAACCUGGGUGGUGUUAGCAUCAUUGAAUUGGCGGGUAUCACCGAUGAGGUCAACCGCCAGCUCAACAGCGACUACAAGGUCAACCCUGUUCGUGUCAUUCAAGGCACUUUCCUCAGCAGCUUGGAUGGAUUGGGCUUCAGCAUCUCCCUUCUCAAGCUUGCUGACACUGGUCUCGGAGCCGGCAAGUCCCUGCUCGAGCUUCUGGAUGCUCCCGCCGAGGCCGUUGGCUGGUCUGCUCCCAUCGCAACCUCCACUUGGCAAAACCGCAUCGACACCCCGGUCCAGCUUAAGAACUCCAACCUGGCCGAGGAGAACCCUAGCAACGUGAAACUGGACCCUGCCGUCGUGAAGAAGGUCCUCGGCGCUGGCCUAAGGCAAGUCAUCGCCGCCGAACCUGAAGUCACCAAAUACGACACCAUCGUCGGUGACGGUGACUGCGGUGUAGGCCUUAAGCGUGGUGCCGAAGCCAUCCAAGAGCUCCUAGAUAGCAGCUCACCCGGUUUGACCGACGACAUCGUCAACACCGUCAACCGCAUCGUAACAGUCGUCGAGAAUGUGAUGGACGGUACCUCCGGUGCCAUCUACGCUAUCUUCCUGAACGCUCUCGCUCACGGCCUCCGCGCUCAGGACAAGGGUUCUACCCUCCAAGCCGACACUGAGGUCUGGGCCAAGGCACUCAAGCACUCCGUCACUGCUCUGGGAAGAUACACACCCGCCAAGCCUGGUGACCGCACACUCAUGGAUGCGCUUGUUCCAUUCUGCGAUACUCUUUUCGCAAAGAAGGAUAUCCAUGCCGCUCUUAAUGCUGCUAAGGAGGGCACUGAGGCUACGAAGAAUAUGAAGGCUAGUCUUGGUCGCUCGGUUUAUGUUGGUGGGGAGUCUGAGUGGAUCGGCAAGGUUCCUGAUCCUGGUGCUCAUGGUCUUACUGAGUUCUUGGCUGGACUUGCGGAUGCAGCUUGA